UAACGAACUAACGGUCUGGCCUGUCUGCGUGACUGCUGUCAGUUUGGUGGCUGUCUGUGUUGGUCCAUACGUAGUUGGUUGAAAAGUCAAUUUUUCAUCUCGACGCAGCGCGAAGAGUGUUUUUUCUUUCAUACUAAAUUAAACGAAUUUUCUACUCCACAUUAAUAUUAAUUCGAGUGCUUCACACACACGCCACCCACCACUACAACUGAAAGUUGAAUAUACUUAAAUUAUAUUAAAAAAAAAUAUCAUAAAUAAAUUUAACAUUUUACGCAAGUGGCAGGAGAAAAAGUCAAAGGCAAGAAGGCAACGUAUAAAAAUCAAUAAAGAAAUUCAGUCAAAUUCAGUAGUAAAAGGAGAAGCAGAGAAAAAAAAAUUGUAUAUGGUUUGUGCGAGUGUACCAGUGUGUGCGUGUGGGAUUUUUUUUCGUGUGUUCGUUUAUGUAUUUCGGAAACGCGAUGCGAACGCGAGUAUGAAUUUCGUUUUACGCCUUUGGCUGCAGUCGCAAUCGAGAAAUGACAGUAAGAACGCGUCAACGUUAACGACGACGCCGACGUUAACGGCACGCAACAGCAGCAGCAGCCAUAGCCACAGCGAAGAAGGCGGCAGUAGCAGCAGCGGCAGCGGUGGCAGCUGCGACAGCGGACAAAAUAUUGUGUAAAAAGUACCAAAAGUACCAAAAAGGGAGUUUGGUGGCGCUGCGUGUUGCGCGCGUAUGUUUGCGUGUGCAAAUCUGUGUGUGAGAAAAUUUUAUCGAAAUUCGGAGCGAAGAAAAUUCUUUUGACGUUGCGCGUGGUGUAGCAGCAAAUAUUCGAAAAAAUAAACAACUAAAUUGACUUCGAGUUAUUGACGCCAGCACAUAUUAAACCCCGAGUAUUGGAAUAUUGACAUUCAUCAUAAAAUGUGAAAUUAAAUAAAAUCAAUCGAACAAUUUCCAUAAAUCAUCAAACAUUAUAAGUAAAAACGAAAGAAAAAAACUAAAUAGUAACCAUAACAACUAACAACACACAUCGUCUUCCCAGUGAAAUAAAAAAUGCGCAAAUUAAUAAUUCAAAUAAAAAUAUGUAUAUUAAUAAAAAAAACUUAACAUUAAACAACCGUAAAAUAAUUGCAGUGUGUAAUGUUAUUUAGAGAAACUAAAAAAAAAGAAAAUCAUACGAAAACAAAAACGAACUGAAGAAAAGUAUGGAGAAAAUAUUCCGCUGGAACACCCUACAGCUGUCGCAACACGACGCUCAAAAUUAAAUUGAAAAGCAAUAAAAAAAAGAAAACGUCAUAUAAAGAGUCAGAAAAAUAUCUAAUGAUUGAUAUUUAAAGCCUUUUAAUAUCGUGCUAAAGACAAAAUUUACGCUACGCAGCGAUCCAGUCGAGAUUAUGUUUUAAUGCGUACAGUGUUGGCGGUGGCAGAGUGGCUGUACGGCGUUACCAGAUGGCAGAUAACACUGACCCUCGAUAUCGUGGGCGGCUCUGUUGAGGCAUGUCGUAAUGGCCAGAGAGGAGUCUCGUGGCAAGAGACCCCUUAAAAUUUGGGAUAGUUGGCGAAAUGUGCGCAAAGGCGUAGUUGUUGGAACAUUUGAGGAGUUAUUAGUGAGAGGAAAGGAUAAACUAGGGGUUCCUGCCUCAGAACCGGUGCGUGUUGUUCUGGAGUGCGAUGGAACCCAAAUUGAAGAUGGCGAAUACUUUCGUACAUUGGCGAACAAUACGGUGCUACUCUUGUUAAGACAGGGCGAACGCUGGUAUCCAACUGGUGUUGAUGUUAUAAAAGCUGCGAUAUCAGCUAUACCGAAGAUCGUCUGUGAGACGAUUCAUGCGCUCGAAUUACACGAUGAGACGCCAUCUUGGAAAAUUAUGGAUAAUAAGGGUCGUGUCACGGUGGUCCUGCAUUGGGAUCAGCGUCAGGGAGGCGGUGGAGGAGGAGGAGGAGGAGGCGGCGGCGGUGGCGGCAUGGGACCGAGUGGUAGCGGUGCCAGCGGCAGUAAUGGCCUCAUGUCAUCGGAGAAGUAUUCACCAUCGAAGAAAGGACUGUCGGCGCAAAGUUCACUCGACACCAAAUCGGUGUCAUCACAAUCGUCACAACAACGCUAUGCCAGCCCACAAAUAACCGUCAUCAGUGAUGAGGGACCAACUAGCAUAUACCAUCCGGGUGGUGUGGUGCUACCACCCGGCGUUGUAAUACCCGGCACCAGUAGGCGUCUGUCCAAACAGGGCGGCUCAUUUGAUAGCGCCGUUGGUGCGGUGCAUGUACAUACACCGGAAUGUGCGCAUCAUGCGCACACGCCCAGUCGGGCGGGCAGUCCCAGUACUACGGAAUGCGAUUUUCAUUGUUGUGCGCUGCACGAGGAGGGACGUAAGAUUGCGGUACAUAAAAGUGUGGCCACAUCGCCCAUACAGGAUGGCACUACCAGCCCUCAGCCGCACCAGCAGCAGCAGCAGCAGCAGCAACAACAAGCGACGCUAUCAAUGUCAUCGGUUGUGGAUCCUAUGAUGGGCGGCAGCAUGCAACGACGCUCAUCGGGCGUCAAAGGUCAUGUACGAUUUUUGGAUAUAGCGCCGGAGCGUGAUAGCUCCGAGAGUGAAACAGAGAAUACCGUCAUGGAGGAUGAUAAGACGACGACUGAGAAAUUCCUGCUGCUCAUCGAUCAGCUGUCUGUCGAUCAGAAACGACAUCUUAGCAUUAAAGAUAUCGGCAUCAUAUUGGAGCGGCUCAAUUCGAAGAUACUCGAUGUGGAGCGGCUGGAUCGAGAAUCGGAAUCGGACGAUUGUUAUAAUUGGACGAUAAAGGCGACAAUACGAGGUGAUGCGCUGCGUGAGUUGGGCGUCAUCUAUAAUGGUAACUAUUACGCCAUAUCCGAACAUCCCGGCUAUAAGGAGGAGGUGGAAGAGAAUGGCGAAGAAGUGGAGGAGGAGGAUGAAGAGGAUAGAAUAUAGAAAUGCAAUUAAUUAAAUUUAAAUUUAAUAUUAACAUUAAAAAACAAAA